CACGCGCGGGCGUGGCGCGACGUGGUUUGCGUCGUGGCGUGAGCUUGCGCGCGCGCAGGGGCGAGAAGUCUCCUGCCGGGUCCGCCUAGGCGAGGGCUGGGCUAAGAUGGCGGCGCCCGUCCUCCUGCGAGUCUCGGUGCCGCGCUGGGAGCGGGUGGCCCGCUACGCCGUGUGCCUGGCCGGCAUCGCCCUCUCGCUCUACGCCUGCCACCUGGAGCGCGAGAAGGGCCGCGACCUCCACUACCGGGCCCUCUGCGACCUCAGCGACCGCGUCCGCUGCUCCGCCGCCAUCGCCUCCAGAUGGGGUCGAGGUUUUGGCCUGCUGGGUUCCAUUUUUGGAAAAGACAGUGCAAUAAAUCAACCGAACAGCGUCUUCGGUCUUGUGUUCUAUGUUCUACAAAUGUUACUUGGUAUGACGGCAAGUGCGGUAGCGGCGCUAGUCCUCAUGAUGUCUUCCAUAGUGUCGGUAAUAGGAUCCUUGUACCUGGCCUACAUUCUGUACUUUGUCCUGAAGGAAUUCUGCAUUAUCUGCGUUGUCACGUACUUGCUGAACUUCAUUCUCUUUAUCAUCAACUACAAACGACUAGUUUACUUGAACGAAGCCUGGAAGCGGCAACUCCCGCCCAAACAGGAUUAACCCCCUCCCCCAUCCCCAUGAAAACUUUUGACUGACAGUCUGAAGACCCGACUUCCGUUUCAAGUUUAUUUCACAGUAAAAGAAGGUUUUUGUUGUUGUUAUUUUUAUUCUCCAUAUCAGAUGCUUUCCCCCAAGGAACCUCACUGGUUUAAUGACAGUGAAUGGAAAAGAACCGGGCUCUGUGGUAACUUCUGUCCAAUGAAUUCAAGGUGGCAUCGGUGGAAGUCCUAACCCAAUCAAAGACCAGCUUUAACUCUACGCUGAAGGAGUUCUUAGCUGCAGAUUCGUUGCACCCUCCUAUUCUGUCCUCCCCCCAAUAUUUCAGGUUGGUAACACUUGCUAGGAAGCCCCUGCAUUCUAUGUAUAAUUUCAGUUUUGGGAGUCUUUAACAGAAGAUCAUGAUAACUUUAUUCUAGACUUUAGAGGUACCGUACGGAAAUGUUGCUGUUUACAUUAUGUGUAUUUGUAGCUAAGGGGAUUUCACUUAGAAGACUUACUGCAACAUUGUACAUAAGGCUCAGAAGCGCUGGGCAGCGUCCGUGUGAAACCAGAAGCUUAUCACGGCUCAAACCGGUUUUUGUUCAGAAGCUUAGCAACUUGAAAAACCUUCAAAUUCUCGUUGGAAUAUUUUAUUUUUUAAUGGAGGAUGAAAUGAGCCCAUCUCUCUGGAGAAAACUGUUGCAACGAGGGAGAAUUAGUUGAGAUUCUUUCUUCCUUCUUUUUCUUUGGACAUGAAAAUGGAAUUUGAUGCGGCAAGUUGUGCAUGUCUUCAGAAAGCGGCAGGACUUAAUACAGGUUCCUGUGCAACACGUGAGCUGUUUGGCGUGGGUGACGAAAGAUCUCCUGGGAGGACACUAAGAAGGGUUUGGCCUGGGGGAAUGGAGGGUCGUGGCAUUGGGAGAGCCAUCUUCUCAAAUAGGCAACCUGUAGAAAAAGGGGAGAGCCGACCUUGCGCUCCAAAUCGAUGUCAGGCGGCCAAACAGUAUUAAUGGUUUGAGGUAUAUUUCAAGCUGCUGCGUAGAAUUACAACGUUACACUGGAUCCCAGUGACUUACUGGCAAACUGAUGCACUGAAGUCUUCUUAUGCAAGCCAGAAUGCAAUGGAGGGCAAUGUCCAAGGGCACUUAGAGCUUCCCCUGGGCAGUUUCCCUUUGUUUCAAUGAGGCUGGCGCAUAAAAUGAUUGUGACAAACUUUGUAGAGACCUAGUGAUCCCGGAUCCUUUUAUACAAAAUUGGGAGUGAAGUUUAGGGUGGAUAUUGAACUGUUCCCCCCGCUCCUGAGAUGAGGGGCAGGAGGGCUAGGGAUUGUGUUAGAAGAAAAUGGGCAGGCGAAAUGAAUAGGCUUGGUUGAAAGGGAAGGCUUAGGAUUCCGUAACGGUUCUUGUUGGAAACUGUACGUUCAAGCGAAAGAGCGCAUCACUGUGGGUUAUUUUCCUUCAUUCCAUGGCGUCCUGAAAUGCAGUGUUUCUUUUUCCUUUUAAAAAAAGUGCCUUCUGUCCUUAAAAAAGAAAAAAAAAAAGAAAAAAACCAAAUAUUGGGCCAAGGGGUUGGAGGUGUUUGAAAUUGGCAGGCAGAAGUGUUCGUACGAGAGAGAUAGAUAUAUAUAUAUGAAACAAACCUUUGCAGUAUGUAGAAAGUGUUUCUCUUCCCAUGGGGCUCCCCACAUAACCAAUGACCUCAGAUGGGUUCCUCCUAUGAUCACUUUGGCUAACCUCAUGGUUUGGACUAUGGUUGAGGAGAGUUGUAGUCUGAAAGCGCCCAGGGGGAAGGCACUAGGCUGCUGUGAAGGCCUUCCAAGGACGUUCCUAUGAAGCCUGGUUGGAGGAGGCAGGAAUGCCAGUUCUUCGGCCACCCCCCAAAACUGGUCCUUUCAGCCAAGUCAAUGCUUGGUGCUCACUGCCGACAAGGGCAGCAGUGUGGGCUCCACAGUCCCUGUGACUGGCUUCUGCUCUUUGUGCUGGAGCAUCUCCUGGCGGAAGAGGCUUACCUGCCCUUCCUUCCCACACUACAUUACCCAACACUGGAGGCUUUGCCUGGCCAGUUUUGAUAGGAAGGCAGUAGCCCGCAAAUGGACCGUUUUGCAGGGCUCGAAAUCUGGGAAGGCAGGAGCAGCUUCCAGUCUUGACACAGCCGCCACACUCAAAAGAUCGCUCCUUGGAAGUGCUUCUGUCUUUCCUACUCCACACCCACCCCACCCGGCAAUUUCCCGGAACGGUGGGGAAACGAGGUUGCCACUUUGUUCUCGUAGAGGUAGCAAGAAGGUAGGUGUUUCUGGAGAGCGAGAGUGUGUGUUUUAGAGGUGCUAAGGAGCGUUUGGAAGGGCAGUCUCUGUGGGUGACCGUAGCCCCUGUUGGAACCGCACAGCUGCUACAGUCACCUGGAGGCUUCUCUGCAUGGGAGGACUGCUUGAGGCUCCUGUAUGAGUUAGCCUGUGGAACUGAUAUAGUCACAACUAUGCUUCAUCCCCAAAUAUCUCCGGCAGUUGCUUUGGGUGUGCGUGCCUGAGCACGCUUGUGCAAAAGUAUUAAGGGUAGCGGGUUCAUUGAGCUCAGUGGCAUGUGAUCAGAGCCCUGGCACCCGGCAUUGUUUCCUAGGCAUCUCACAGUGCCUGUCCUGGGUUGCACAGGACAGUGAAAUAUCUUGGGGCAGAUCUGAAUGUAUCUAACCAAUCCCAAGAGAAACUGAGAGGUCCCUGUUCUCCCAAGCGUGUGAUGCCAAAAGGAUAGCCCUGCGCUAUUCCCACUGCUCACUCCCGGUGCAGGGCAGACUCUUUCCUGCCUUCGUAUCUGAGAGGGCUGAAAACGUUCUUCAAAGAACCUCCUUCUAGAAAAUUCCAUUCCGUCUGUGUCUAAAUACUUCUCGUGAGUCUGUGUAAGAAGUCCUCGUUUUGAUGUACCGUUCUCCUUUUUAAAACAACAACACAAGAUUAAGGUGUUAGAAUGAAAUCCUCUUGUGUCUUGUGAAAAACGCAGUGUGUUUUCAGUGGGAUCGGCAUCUGCCCCCCCCCCAUGGUCUUUUUCGACAGUAUUUUUAAAGCCUGCCAAAUGAACAGUCCGGUUCUCACAAGGGACCACAACCGAGCACAAGAGGGUGGCAGUGGAAGCCUGGUCAUAUGAGUACUGUUUGAUAUGUAUAUGUAUUUGUGUAUAUGUGUGUGUAUGUAUGUAUAUAUAUACACAUAUAUACAUACAUGCAGUGUAUAAAAGAAAGAAAAAACACUAAUAACCGCUCGUUGUCUUCGUCAGGGUGGGGAAAAGUUUCUCAAAAGACAUCUUGUGUUAACAAGAGUAAAGCUGAAGCUUGUCUUGAAAUUUGUCGGUGGUAUAGGUUUUUUUUGUUUUUUGCCCUUGCUCUGAAAGAUUUUUUUUUAAAAAAAUUCUUGUAAUGAUGAAAUGUAAGGGUUUAUUUAUUGAUUAUUAUUAUUUCUUAACAUAUCUGAGGGCGAGAGAAGGCUUUGCUUUCCUUGAACCUUUGGUCAAGGAGAAGAGUUCCAUUUGUACACGAUUGUAACCUUGGCCUUUGUGUUUCCUCCCCGCUUCUUGGGACCAGCCUUUUCCUGCUUUCCGGGGCCAGCAAGCCUCAUUGCUCCCACGCAAUUUGGCCUGCUCUGCCUGCUGAUCUUGAAUUGCAGAAUCAAAACCUUGGGUGUUGACUUCAUCCCUCCCCCUUCGUUUUCUCCCCGAUGGAGAGAAACCCACCUUUUUGUUAAGUGUUCUUCGCAGGCUCUGUGCAUCACAGAUGUUCCCAGCCUGGUUUGUUUUGACCCCUGCGUAACAGCCACCCAGGGCACUCGGCAGUUGACUUGUAGCUGCAGGAGAGCCCAUCCUGCUCCUUCCUCCCACUCCUAUCACCCAGGGGGACAGAAACCCUUCUCCUUUGGAGGAGCCAGGCCCCUUAACGCACUGUGGUGGCUGGACCUGCCUGCUGGGUUGCAAGAAGUGUGCACGCUUCCUUAUCGCCCACCCCAGUAGGACCCCCAAAAAAGCCCCAACCAACUCUCCCCAUAUGUGUGGUUGAGAUACCUAGGUCUCAGCCAUGAGAGGAUAGGACCAUCCAUGCAAAAAAGCAGUUUGGGUGCAGGAUGCAACGUGGUGGUGCCCCAUGGACCUAUGUAGAAGAGGGAACCCUUGCCCCCUUUUUUUCAUGCACCUGCCAAAAUCCUGUCUUUUUACACAGCCAUCCUUGGCCAGUUGCAUCUGGUUGUCCAAGCUGCCUCAUUUUAUGCCAGAGAGAAACAGGGAAAUGCUUGUUGUCUUCCGGUGAUUUAAAGGUUCAAGUUCGUAUUAGCCCUAUGUGUGGGGAAGCCAGACUUUCUGGAGACCAACCUCAUUCUCCUCCCUCGCCUGUCAUUCCAACCCAACCCCUGAAAAUUGAGUGUGGCGUGUCCAAGUCGUCUUGCAGACAGGGAGCAGGCAGCUUUUUGCUUAGUGGGGGAUGGGAGACACCCACCCGACUUGUGGGUCGGAGAAACCCAUUUUUGUAUUACACGUGGGACCCUUCACAGUAGAGUAGGGGGUAGCUGUUGCGUCCAGGAGCUUGUGAAUGAAGGCAUAUUAUUUGAGGCAGACAACAAUCCAGCUUCCACUCACCCCUUCAAGGUUUUGAUCUAGAUGAAUUGACAUGUUCAUGUUGCUUUUGUGCCACCUUCGCCAACCUCAUCUGGAGGGAGCUGGUGAGAGAUGGGGGGGGGGGGUCCAAAACAUCUAGAGAGCAUCAGGUUGGCAAAGGGCGAUUGGCGAAGAAUGGGAUAAAUCUGUAGUCCGGGGUGUGUGUGUGUGUGUUUCUAUAAACGUCCGCUGCUUAUGGAAAUAAUGUUAGCAGACUGCAGAAUCAGAACAUCUUUUGAAAGGGGUUUUCUUGCUGCUCGAUGUGGUCUCUGAUCCAAAAAGAAAGCUAGGAUUUCAGCUAGCAGCUCCUGGCCUACCUGGAUUUAAAAAUAAAAUAAAAUAAAAUACUUUGGCCUCUGUUCUGCCAACGCUAUUGAAACACACCCUUGCAAAACUAAGGAAGCUGAAGUAUUCCAUUACCAUUUUUUUAAUUAAAAAAAAACCUGUAUUAAGCAUGGACUAAAUAUUCAAUGUGUGUUCUGUCUCGUAUGUUUUGAUCUGACAAUUAUUAUUUCUUUUUCAUGUGUUUCGAACUCGCCACCUGUGUCUAAAUUGGAGUCGUUCCGUUUUUCUGUUCAACCUAAGACUGCGACAUUCUAAGGUCUGGGGUCCACUUUUUGCUAAUGCGAAAUUAAAACAGAAACCAUGUAAAUAAUGUAAGAAUGUUUUAUUUGUUGCACAUAACUUUUUUGGUAUAAAAAACAAAAAUAAAUGUAGAAAUUAUCUGUG